CAGGUUUCUCUUAUCCAGCAAGUUAAAAAGGCUGGGAAUGAGUAAGCAAAAUUCUUUCUGUGCCAAGUCUGGAAGUUCACAAUUCUGCACUGGAGCUGGUUUACUACGACUAAACAUGAAUUUGAAAGUUGUUACAGCAAUUUUGAUUCUUGCCGUUCUAACAAUUUUAGCUUUGGUGUUGGUCAUUUUGUUUGAUCCAAAACAAAAAUCCUGCAGUUUGGCAAAUGAAAAAGUUUCGCUCCUAAAGCACCAUGAUAAGAGUUUGGUCUUUGCGGAUCUCACACCUGAAGAAUACGAUGUAGUGGUAAGCUAUUUAAAGAAAACUCUCCAAGAAAAUCUGGUGGACAUCUCUACGGCUGAACCUACUUCCAAUUGCAUAUAUUCAGUGGAGCUCGUACCACCAACGAAAAAAGAUGCCUUACUGUAUUUGGAUAAGGGAGGACCCAAACCCAGAAGAGAAGCAUUGGUCAUAGUUUAUUUUGGAAGCCGUCAGGAACCAGAAAUUAAAGAAUAUGUAGUGGGACCCCUUCCAAAACCAACGGACUGUAGUGAUAUUACUGCCAAAAAAUUCAAAGGCAAACUACCUUAUUAUCGUAGACCUGCAAUUGGCAAUGAAUACACUCAGAUAAGAGACCAUGUACAUUCCAAGGAGUUUCCCAAAGCAAAAAGUUUCCUCAAAGAAGUGUUUGGCCAUAAUGAGUCUGAUAAUGAAUACUUCACUGCUUUAACCAGUGCUCCAAGAGGAUCACAAUCUGGAGACCGGAGCACCUGGUUUUCUAUUUUCUAUAACACACAGGGCAGUGGAUAUUUCCUACACCCAAUUGGAUUAGAACUACUCUUUAACCACAAACCCCUUGACGUAAAGAAGUGGACAGUGGAUAAAGUAUUUUACAAUGGUCAGUAUUUUGACACAUUUUCUGAAUUAGAGGAGCAAUAUAAAAGAGGGAGUUUAAAGAUAGUUAAGAUGCAAAAGCCACAUCUUAAAGAUGACAUAGCUUCACUGAAGCCUCAAAAACGUGUGCCAUCUGAUAUGCCCAUGCAAUAUGAACCACAAAGUGCCCGCUACAGUGUCAGAAACAAUCAGGUGUUAUUCCAACACUGGAGUUUCGCAUUUGGGGUUAAUGUAAACACAGGACUCAGGCUAUAUGAUAUUAAAUUCAAGGGUGACAGAAUUGUCUAUGAGCUUGGUCUCCAAGAAGCAAUUAGUAUUUACGGUUCCAAUGCCCCAACUGGGAUGUCAACAAGAUAUAUGGAUUCACACUUUGGCAUUGGACGUUCUGUCUACCAACUGGUCCGUGGCGUUGACUGUCCCUACUUUGCUACUUAUGUAGACACCCAUUACUUGCUUGAUUCAGAUACAACAGUCUUAAACAAAGGCUCCAUCUGUGUCUUUGAGCUCAACACUGGCACUCCUCUGAGACGUCACUUCUCAAGUUUAGGUUCUAAUUUUUAUGGCGGUUUGGCCAACACUGUUCUUGUCAUAAGAACUAUUGCCACACUGGGCAACUAUGACUAUGUGUUUGAUUAUGUCUUCUAUCAAAAUGGGGCUAUAGAAUCAAAAGUUCAUGCAACAGGAUAUAUAAGUACAUCGUUCUUUAUGGAAAACGGUGUUGAACAUGGACACAGAGUGGGGCCCCAUACGCUGGGAACUAUUCACACGCAUUUUAUGAAUUACAAGGUCGACUUGGAUGUUGGAGGAAUAAAUAAUUCUGUGGUGGCCCUUGACAUGGAGUUUCAGGAUGUGGUUGCUCCCUGGAAUCCUGAAUGGAAGUUGGACCAAACAAAGAUUACAAAGAAAGUACUUGAAACUGAAGAUCAGUCAGCAUUUACCUUGCAUGGACCAAUGCCACGAUAUAUACAGUUUGCCAGCAAGCAGAAGAAUAAGUGGAACCACAAUCGAGGCUAUAGGAUCCAGAUAGUCAGUUUUGCAGGGGACUAUCUACCAGAGAAGAGCAGAUUACACGAUUCAAUGAGCUGGGCAAAAUACAAGUUGGCUGUUACAAAAUACAAAGACAAUGAGCAGCAGAGCAGCAGCAUUUACAACCAAAAUGAUCCAUGGUCACCAUCAGUGGCAUUCUCUAAAUAUAUUAAUAACGAAAACAUUCAAGAUGAGGAUUUGGUUGCUUGGAUUACAGCUGGGUUCCUACACAUUCCACAUUCAGAAGACAUCCCAAACACCGUGACAGCUGGAAAUGCAGUUGGAUUCUUCCUCCGACCUUAUAACUACUUUGAUGAAGACCCAUCGGUUCACUCAGAGGAUGCUGCCUAUUUCUUACCCGAAGAAGACCUCAGUUCUUGUAGUGUCAAUCCUUUAGCCUGUAUACCCGAAAAAGCAUCGUGUGCUCCCAAAGCACCACCAUUUACCUAUAAUGGAUUCGAUAACACCUACAUUAUAUUAUAACUGAAUUGUUAUAUGCUCAGAAACUGUGACAUGUGGUUUUAGAUUUAUCUCUUUUAGCUAAUGGCAUUGGCACCCCGAUCGCGGUGCGAUUUUGCCACGAUUGGUCGAGCGACAAUCGUGGUAAAAUCACGCAAACAAAAUUGUACUUCUUUUGGGCGCCAGGUGCCCCACGAUUCUGUUUGUGUGAUUUUACCACGAUUCGUCAGGCGACAAUUGUGGCAAAAUCGCUUCACGAUCGGCGGGGUGGGGGGGGGCAUUGGAAGUGACAGGGAUCGCACGAGCGCCCCAAUAUUUGCCACGAUCUCGAAUCGUGCCGAUUCCGCCUGUGAUUCGGAACGCCAAGAUGUGAACGGAGCCUAAUACUGCUGCAUUUUGUUACAUUGUAUAACUCUACGUGUAUUUUUAACAUGUACUGUAAAAGUUAAAAUAUAAAAACCCUUUGUUAAAAAAAACUGUGUAUUUUAGUGCAGUCCACAUGGAUGCCUUUUUGAAUGCAUUUCCACAUGGAUGCCCAUCCAUAAUCCCAGGGCCGUCCCCAAAUUUACGCACCUAUUUAAGAAUUAAAGUAUCAAUAGUUGAUAGAAUUAAACAUACAGUAUAUAUAUAUUAGUACUUUCAAUUAAAUUGAUUUUAAACAAUAAGAAAACAUGUUAAUAAAUCAAAAGACUGAUUCAGCACAAAGAGCACAGGGGGGAGGCAGAAGGGCAUCAGGAGGGCAAAGUGCAAGUUCUGGGAUUCUGCUCAGGACAGGGCCAUUAUCCUGGGAAAACUUAGUAAAAUGCAUGACUAUCCUAGUAGAUAUGGGACAGUUGGCAAAUAUGAUGUAAUGCAAGACUAUCAUGGGGCCCCCAUGCACCUGGGGCCCCUGGGCAGUGCCCAAGUGUGCCCAGGCAUUAAGACAGCCCUGCAUAAUCAACAAGGAUGCCUAUUUGAAUGCAUUUACACAUGGAUGCCUACCCAUAAUCCACAUGGAUGCCUAUUUGAAUGCAUUUUGUCAUGUUUUACAUGUAUUUUAACACCACAAAAUGCAUUACAUGUUAAAAAAACUAAAGUGUAAA